GACAUGGCUUCAAGUGGGCCGUAUCUACUAUCUGAUCCAUGAAGAUGAACUGGCUGACAUGUACCUACAGGCAGCAGUAAAGACAGCCCUGAGGAUGAACGACCCAUGCUUUGCUAUGAGCAUUUAUGAGGAAGCAGGAGAUGUGUUCUUCAAAGGACACAGAAACCAACUGGCUGCCUUACCUUUUUACAGAGAUGGGAGUUUGCCAUUUGCGCGCAGCAUUAAGGAUGUGCACUCAGAGUUUAGGCUGUUGAGCAAACUCUCAGAGCUCCUGAUGAAGCAGAAGCAGUAUGAAGAGGCACUGCAGUAUGCAACACUCGCAGUGCAGGUCAGCACUACAACUG